UAGCUUUGACCAGAUUUUCACAUUUUAUAUAUUAAUUAAUUAAUAACUACAUCACAUUUCUUGUCCAAAUCAAAUCCAUCCCCUCCAAAGGAACACGACAAACUUGAAACUUGCCAUGUUUCGCUUACGCCACUCCCUUUUCCUCUCUGCGCUGCUCUUAUCCCUUGCAGCCAUACAAUCCACCCAAGCAGCAGUCGAAUAUGUCGUCAACUACAACGCCGGAAGCAGCAGCGGAGGCAUCCGAUUCAAGAACGAAAUAGGAACGGACUACAGCAGACAGACCCUAACAGCCGGCGCGGAUUUCAUCUGGAGCCUGUUCCAGCAGAACAACGACGCUGACAGGAAAAAUGUGCCGAAAGUCACCUUGUUCAUUGACAACAUGGCCUAUUCCGCCAACAACGAAAUCCACGUCGACGCCAAUUACCUCGGAAACUACUCCGGCGGCGUCAAGAGGGAGUUCACCGGGGUGUUAUAUCAUGAGAUGACACAUAUCUGGCAGUGGAACGGGAACGGGCAGGCCCCUCGAGGCUUGAUAGUGGGGAUAGCAGAUUUUGUGAGGCUGAGAGCAGGCUACGCUCCGAGCCACUGGGUGCAGGCGGGGCAGGGCGACCCGUGGGACCAAGGGUACGAUGUUACGGCGAGGUUUUUGGAUUAUUGCAAUGGUCUUAUGGAUGGAUUUGUUGCGGAGCUGAAUAAGAAGAUGAGAAAUGGGUAUAAUGACAACUAUUUUGUAGAGCUGCUGGGGAAGAGUGUUGGUCAACUUUGGAAUGAUUACAAGGCCAAGUAUGGGGAAAGUGCUUAUUUCAUGCAAUGUCUUGUGUAUUGGUCGAUGUAAUGGUUCUAACACUUACAUAUUUAGAAAGAUGCUAGGUUAUUUAUGUGAGCAAUUUCAUGUUUGCACUGCCAAUGCACUUUUAUUCAAAUACAAAUGGAGAAUUUCCUGUGUAAAUUCAUAUAAAUUCUUACUAUGACU